CAUUCCAUUCCGCGUGCCUUCCACAUCCCUCCGCGUCGGAAGAAGUUCCUUGCACUGAUAGACACUUCUAGAACUCAAGAAAGACAGAGAAGACCCAGGAGUUUGACACAAUGGGGAGCAAAGCGCCCUCCCAUGGAUGGGUUAAAACAGCUUUUCGUCUGACUCUCGUCCUCCUGCUGCUGCUCCUCAUUGGGUUAAAAGUCUUUUGGAUCCUGAUUUACAAACAGCAAAAUGUCCAAGAAGAACUUCAGAGAAACGUGUCCCUACAGCAAAUGGGGAAUGUCAACAGUCCUGAGAAGAUCCAGAACCUCAAUGAGAAGAUCCAGAACCUCAAUGAGAAGAUCCAGAACCUCAAUGAGAAGAUCCAGAACCUCAACGAGAAGAUCCAGAACCAAUCUAUCACCAUGCAAACCCUGGCCACCAGGCUGUGUCAGGAGCUACAGGAAAAAGAGCCAGAGCACACAUGCAAUCCCUGUGCGCAGAACUGGAUCUGGCAUGCAGAUGCAUGCUACCUUCUACAUCGCGUUCCUGACACGUGGCAAAACAGCGUGAAGUCAUGCGCCGACCGCAACGCCAGCGUGUUGAGUAUUAACAAGAAUAGCGUGGAGUUUAUACAGUCCAUGGAGACAGACAGCUAUUGGCUUGAAGCAUCUCCUAGACAAAAUGGCAAAUACUCUAUGACUGUGAAUCAGACUGUCAACUCCUCUCUCUGGGCUCAAAACAACCUGAACGGCUUAAACACAAUGCACUGCGGCUAUUUGGAAGGACAGUAUAUUUAUUUUAAUUCCUGUACUGGAAAGAGAUUUGUGAUAUGUGAGAAAACGGCUGGUCCCGUGCGGGUGGAAAGUGUGCUGUGUUCACGCUCCAGAUGGCAGCCCGCAACAGACGCUCUCCCGAGUUAGAAGGACCCGAUGCUAGCCUGUGUGUCUCCCGCCUCCCACGAGUGGAAUAAAAAUACUAUAACAGACUUCUGCCUCUCUGAACAUUUGUAUCUUUCCAUUUCCCUCUUGCUCCUCAUUUGCUGUGUGUGAGAAAAUAAU